GCAAUGUUAGCAUCAGCCGAGGAGUCAUGUCAGUCCUGUUCCUGCAACAAAGACAUUAAGCAACCUGAGACUGAACGGUCUGUGGUGGUGAAGCAACCUGAGACUGAACGGUCUGUGGUGGUGAAGGUUACUGAACCCCGCAAGCGAAUCCAGAGGAGGGUUGUUCAGCAGAUUCCUGAGGAGCAGUUAAAUGAUCCUCUCAUUAAUGAGGCUAUUAAUAAACUGCCGCAAAACUACAACUUCGAGAUCCACAAAAGUAUCUGGCGUAUCCGUAGUGCGGGUGCUAAAUGUGUAGCACUACAGUUCCCUGAGGGACUCCUCCUAUACUCGUGUGUCAUAGCGGACAUCAUUGAAGCGUUUACAGAUGCUGAGAUGAUUUUAAUGGGAGAUGUGACCUAUGGGGCCUGCUGUGUGGACGAUUUUACUGCUAGAAGUUUGGGUGCUGAUUUCAUGAUUCAUUACGGACACUCCUGUCUUGUUCCUAUUGACAGGACAAGCAUUACAGUGCUUUACGUGUUUGUGGACAUUCAAGUUGAUCCUAAACAUCUUAUAGACACAUUGAAUCUCAACUUUGAUAAGAGCAAAAAGAUGGCAGUUGUCGGCACUAUACAGUUUCUUAAUACUUUACACAGUAUUGUGGAAGUUUUAAAGACUGAAGGAUGGAACCUGGUGAUACCGCAAUCUAAACCCCUUUCUCCCGGGGAAGUUUUAGGCUGCACAUCGCCUCCGCUGGAUUCCUCACUAACAUCCCUGCUGUACCUGGGAGACGGUAGAUUCCACCUGGAGUCCAUUAUGAUAUCCAACCCUGAGCUCCCAGCCUACAGAUACGAUCCUUACAGCAAGUUGCUAACUCAGGAGUACUAUGAUCAUGUCAAGAUGAAGAGAAUACGGUUUGAGGAGAUAGAAAAAGCGAAGAAGGCAGAAAAAUGGGGGCUUAUCUUGGGGACGUUGGGUCGCCAGGGGAACCCAGCUAUCUUAUCAAACAUCCAAAAGCAGAUCUCUUCCGCGGGUAAAAGUUUUGUAGUGUUGUUAAUGUCAGAGAUAUUCCCGGAGAGACUGGGUCUUAUGGCUGAGGUGGGAGCGUGGGUCCAGGUGGCCUGUCCUAGGUUGUCUAUUGACUGGGGCUACGCUUUCCCUGUUCCUCUUUUAUCUCCGUAUGAAGCUUCUGUCGCGCUCAACAAUGUUAAGUGGCAGGAGAAUUAUCCUAUGGACUUUUAUAGUAAUGAUUCGUUAGGGCCAUGGACAAAUAAUCAUCCUGAUAAUAAAGUUAAAAUUGUGAGAAAGAAAACUUCUGCAAAGCCCAAAUGAUUAAUUUAUCAAUUCAGUUAUUUUAGAUAGUAUUUUUUAAUUCGAGCCCCAUUUACAAAUCUUUUAAAAAUAUCUAUUCCUUUAGAUGUGUUGAAUCGUUUUUUGAUUUAUUAAAUCGAUUUUUCCAUCAAA